AUGUGUGAAAGUGAUGAAACGAAAGAAAAGGAAAAUGAUGUAUACCCUCCUAAUUAUGUUGAAAAGGAAAUUGAACUUCCAAGCGAUGAAUUUGAAGACAAUUCAAAAGUUCCAAAAUUAUCCUACCUAAGAAUAUUUUUACUUAAUCUCUGGUUUGGAUUUAAUGCUUGGGGCGGUCCCGUGGCUCAAAUAGCGCUAAUUAAGGAUGUUUUGGUAAUCAAAGAAAAAUGGAUAACUAUACCAAGAUUUAAUAGAGUCUUUGGUGUUUAUCAGAUUUUACCCGGUCCUGAAGCUACUGAAUUAUGCAUGUUCUUUGGCUGUCUUUCCGGUGGUCGAUUUGGCGGUUUCCUCGGUGGCUUGGGUUUCGUUUUACCUGGCUUUGUUUUGAUUUUAAUCUUUUCUUAUCUUUACGUUUUAGUUGGCCUUACAAAUGAUCGUUUCAAUGCUUCUUUUCGAGCUUUACAACCGAUUGUAGCUGCAAUGGUUUUAAGAGCUGUACACAAAAUUGCGGACCAUGCGCUAAUAUCACAUACUACUCAUCGUUUUAGCUAUUGGUUGUUUGGCAUGGCAAUUUUAGCUGCAAUUCAAUCCGCUUUAAGAUUUAAUUAUUUCAUAACUUUAGGUGUAUGUGGUAUAGCAUUUAUGUUUAUUGAAAGAAAAAUAUAUUGGCUUGGUUUAAUUGUAAUUGCUUUGGAAAUAAUUGGUUAUGGGAUUUAUAUUGGAAUCAACAAGGAUAUUCCAUCACUUUCUGCUUUGGGUGUUGGUGUGGCUAAAGCUGAUUCUGGCUCUGGACCUGAUCCUGGUCACACUUUCGCUCUAGGACUUGUUGCUGGCAGCCUGUCUUUUGGUGGUGCUUAUACGACAAUACCAUUUUUAAAAGCUGAAGCCGUAACAAUAGGACAAUGGAUGACUGUAACAACAUUCCUCGAUUCUAUAGCCAUUGGUAACAUAAUUCCUUCACCAUUAGUAAUGUUCUCAACAUUUAUAGGUUUUCAGGCUGGUUAUCUUUGGGGCGGUCAUAGUAUAGGCUAUGGAUUUCUAGGUGGAACACUCAUAGCCAUAGGAAUACUAUUCCCAUGCUUUGUAUUUACGAUAUUAGGACAUAAUAUACUUGAAAAAUUGGUUCGUAAUCAUUUCUUAGCGGCAUUUUUUGAUGGUAUUUCUGGUACUGUAGUUGGAAUUAUUGCUGUAACCGCAAUGGAUCUACUCCAAUCUUCAAUAUCAUCUCCUACGGGUCUUGUCAAUAUACCACCACAACAACUAGCUGCUAUUGAAGCAAAAAAUAGUAGUCUUGCUGCUGUGUUGUACGUUUUAACAUUAGCUGUUUUAUAUGGAUUUAAAAAACCUAAUCUAUCCUUAUGGUUGGUAAUUUUUGGUGCUGUAGCUGGACAAUUUUUAUUUCUCAAUGACCAGUAG